CGCGACUUGCACAGCUGUCCUGCGAAGCACUAGCAGGCCUCAGAGUGUGCCAAGUCUCCCAAGUCUCCCAAGUCGACACCCGACUUGACCUGCAAAAAUGGCUGACUUUAUCCAAGGUCUUGAUCCGUCUAAGCUGGUCCUUGCUGGCGCGGUUAUGUCCUUUGUUAUAGCUCCUUUCACAUCCCCCUCCUACAACCUCCCCAUCUUCCUCUUUGGGAUAUACGCACAGGAGCAGAGUGAAGCUACCCAGUCCAUGAAAGCAGUCACGGGCUUCAUUGGAGUAUCGGCUUUAUUUGACCUUAUCUUCCUUUUCUCUAAUGGGGAAGCUCGCUGGUGGUCCAAGCUUCUCGUGUUUCUGAUCAUGCUGCUCAAGCUCCCCACCUUUGUUGCAUUUGGGGCCGCUUUGCGGCAGCGAGGCGCACAGUUCUCCGGACUGGGCAACAACUUCAAUGGCAACACAGUGUGGUCCAUGCCUGGCGGAUUCACUUCUCUGAGUGGGGGUGCACGAGAUGGGUAUGAGUCCGUCGAUGAUGCUUCUGUCAAUAAGCCCCAACCUCCUGUACCGGCGAAUAACGGCCAGAACCAGAGUGCCCCUGGGGCAUACCAAUCUGUGUAAUUCUGUCUUUCACUCUGUAUUUUCUUUGCUGUAUGGAUGGGCUCCGGACAGUCCCGAGAUAGUCAUCGACUGUCACCCGUGCAAAGUCCAGAUGAGGCUGCACGCAUUGUGACAUCUACACAUGCAGCUCCUCCAUCUCUUCAAUAAAGUCCUCCAAAAUAGCAACUGCUUCUGCUUUCUCUUCAGCUGACUUCCUCUCGAACAACCACGAGCAAUCCAAAGAAUCG